AUGACGGCCCGGCGGUCCACAUCAAAGAAGACAGGGAAAGCAAUAUUAGUGAACACCUGCAAACUUCAACGUCAACGAUUCGGCCAGUUAGAUGGGUCAAAAUGUCGACAGAGGACGGCGGCGGCGACAACAUACGCCGACGACGACGUCAAUGAUGAACAGGCAUUGAUAGAAAAAUUGGUGUAUCAUGUAUGUGUGCGUCUGUGUGUAGAGGACAAAUACGACACGACUGGUGAGACACGUGGCCUACUGGUAAGUGGACCUCCUCCACAUCCAACCGAACGUCCGAAACUUCAUCAUACACUUACUUUCCUUUUCGCAUCCUCCACAACACCGCAAUAUACAUACACACAUACUGAAACACACAUCGCACACAUAGAAUGCCUAUUUCCGGAGAAUGCUGCCACAGAGAAAUCUUCCAUGCUUGGCCUGGUCAACAAACUAAGUCAAUGCAAGCCAGGUCGGGCUCCUCCGAGUCCAUUGAGUCAUGCAUUACACCUCGCUGCUACACCACCACCAUAA